CCAAAAAAAUGACCAACUAUCAAUCAUAAAGCCCAAUAGGAAAAGCCUUUUUAAAACUUUCAGUUCUUUCUCCUCUUCCCCAUCCGCAGCUCAUUCUAGAAGAUUCAGGUGAAUUUGUAGAAUCGAAGUUUGGUCUACAAUAUCUCUUUGCCAUGUCGGACGAGGAAGUUGUUGACCCAAAGGCGACACUGGAAGUACAAUGCAAGCCUAAGUGUGUAAGGCAACUAAAGGAGUAUCAGGCAUGUACUAAACGGAUAGAAGGUGAUGAAUCAGGGAACAAGCAUUGCACUGGACAGUAUUUUGAUUAUUGGCAAUGCAUUGACAAAUGUGUUGCCGCGAAGCUAUUUGACCACCUCAAGUAACAGGGAUAUAAGUUGUUAAUCCAUUGCGAUUUUAUCUUCCUUUUUCGUUGUUGACAUUACCAUGUUAUUCCUUCCUGUGCUGCAGACUUGCAAUCCCUUCAAUCAACUUGGUUGCUGCAUGGAAAAUUUUGAACUAUGCACAUCUUAAAAGUAGUGAUUAAUAAAGUAUACUCGUGGGUUAUUACGUGGACCCUUUUAUUUGUUCGAAUGAUUGAGAAUCUCUCGGAUGUUAUUCCCUGAUUUUGUUCUAUCCGUACUGUAAUAUAUCCACCCUAUUUCCUGAUGGCUUCAUGGGGAAAAUGUCGUCUGAUGCCCACUGAAUCCUGCACCUAUACGGGCAAGUCAUAAAUCAAUUAUUUAUUGAAGCGCAGUUCUUUGUA